AUGUCUUUCAAGAUCAUGUCUAGAGCUCGCCUUCUUCCACGGUAUUUAACAACAAAGUCUGCCUCGGCCUUUAUUGUACUCGGCUUAGGGGCCUACUGCACUCGAUCUUUUAUUCUACCGACUGGCCAUGCAGAAUCAAAUGAACCUCCAAAGGUGUUCUCUGGGUUUGGUUUUACUACGCUACGACUGCAAAGUGCGAAAGAUGUGAACCAUAACACGAAACGACUGGUCUUCGAGUUUCCAGACCAGAAUGCCAAAAGCGGAUUGACACUGACAUCGGCCCUUCUCACAAUCAGCCGUCCAGAAGGACGAUGGCUCCCCGUACUACGUCCAUAUACACCUAUCAGCGAUCUAGACCAACGCGGCAACAUCGAGCUAAUGGUCAAAAAAUACCCAAAUGGCAAAGCCAGCAGUCACCUCCACUCUCUCGUCCCAGGAGACACCCUCACAUUCGCAGCAGCCAUCAAAGGCGAGUCCUGGACACCUAACAAGCAUCCCCAGAUCUACGCCAUAGCCGGUGGAGCGGGUAUCACACCUAUUUACCAGCUAGUUCAGGGUAUCCUCAAUAACCCAGAGGACAAGACGAAGAUCAGGCUUGUGUUCGGUGUCAAUACGGAACAGGAUUUGCUUCUUAGGGAGGAACUUAAGGAUUUCAAGACUCGGUUCCCGGAUCGGUUUGAUUAUCUUUAUACUGUUAGUCAUCCAAUUGAAGAGGCUGGGAGUGGGAAUGGGGAGGCUAGGAAGGGUUAUGUUACUGAGGAGCUUUUGAGGGGUGUUGUUACGGCUGAUGGAGAUGCGAGGGUCUUUGUCUGUGGACCCCCUACUAUGGAGGAGGCUUUGGCUGGAUCUUGGGGAAAGGACGGUAUUUUGGCGAAGCUUGGGUUUAGGAAGGAUCAGGUUUGUAAGUUUUAG